AUGGCUUACAUAACAAAAUAUAUAUAUCAACUAUUGCAUGGCAUUUUCGAGGAGCACAGGGAUCCUCGUGUGCAACAUUUACCGCUUGUGGGCUCCCCAUUUCCUGUCUUCGGCGUUAUUGCUGCCUAUUUAGCCUUUGUUUUGCAUUAUGGUCCCAAAUGGAUGGAAAAACGGAAGGCAUUCGACUUGAAAAAUGUGAUGCGCGUAUAUAAUGCGAUACAAGUGAUAGCCAAUUUCAUUAUAUUCGUAUGGGGCAUACCAAACUCGUAUUUACGCAAAGAGUUCAGCUUAAUAUGUCAGCCGAUUGACCCCACCAACACAGAGCCAUGGAUGUGGAAAUUAAUUUAUCUUUCCUAUGCUUAUUACAUUACAAAGUACUUGGAUUUACUUGACACGAUUUUCUUUGUGUUGCGCAAGAAGAACAAUCAAAUCACCUUUCUGCAUGUUUACCAUCACGCCGGCAUGAUUUUCGGUGUUUACGUUUUCGUGGCUUUCUUGGCAGGCAGUCACAGCACUAUGUUGGGUAUUAUCAAU